AUGGCGACUACAUUCCCGUUUUUCUCUAGCCUGCCUACUGAAUUACGACUUAUGGUCUGGGAGUAUGUGCUCAUACAGCAAUGGAGCUACACAAACUUCCACCGCGAGCAGAACCGCAUCAAAAUCAACGGGAAAUGCCACCCAAAGAUAAUCAGUAAAGUGUGCCGCGAAGCUCGGUGGGUCAUGAAAAGAAAGGUCACAAAAGUUGAAGGACUUGGCUGGUUCGACUUUGAACGGCAUCUCUUUUUCUUUAGAGACAUUGAUUUUAGCUAUGGGUUGAUGAGACAUAUUCUCAGUAACUACGAUCUGGCAACUCAUAUGCAACACAUACUCCUAAAUCCUAAGGAAUGGGCGUCAGGAAUGAAGACAAUGAUACGCGUAUCCCGCGAUUUCAGCUCAAUUCGAACUAUUGUUGUUGUUGGCUCUUGGUUCGCACCUCCACAAAGAACUGGUUCAUUUGACAUCGAUCAAGACUUCGCCCCCGCCGCAAACGACGACUGGAGGCGAGUGAUUUCCAAAUCACCCACGGAGAUCAACCUCGGACCACUCUUAGAUGCGAUCCAGAAUGGACGUCAGGAGAAUGAAGCCAAUUUGGCAGAAUAG